GAUAGUAGCAACAAUUUGUAAGCAUGCUUGAUAAGGUGCACAGUUGUUACUAAGAGGACUAAUAUCUGCAAAGAAAACAAAGAAAAUACCAAGAGGGCAGCGGUUUCUGAAAUGCUAGAACCACCACACCUGGCAAUAACAAGUCAUACCAUGAGCAGAGAUUACAAAUCUUGGCCAUUUUUAAUGUUUGGUCGACCAACAAGUACAUCUCUUCACAGUCUCCACAUUAUUAGUUGUUUGGAGGGGCAGGCUAUUUGCAUUAAGCAGGUGCACGUUACGUAAUAAUAGCCGACAGACUACGGUACCCAAGCAGCACUGUUUCUGUCAGUUUUAUUUUUGUAACUUUAGGUAUCGCGAGAUUUGGUCUCCACGGGUGACAGUAAACAUCUUCGCUUUCAUGGAGAGAGCAGAGCGACAAAAGACCAAGCUGAUCACAAACCAGCCCUACGACGAAAGCUUGGAAGUGAACGAUUCAGAAGAGGUCGCCAGUGUGUACACUCCGACUCCACGAGAGACAGUUUCCCGAAAGUCUAGAAGACAGCUGCGGACCAUGGCUAAUAACAGUAGUGAUGAAUACGAGGAAGAUAGCAAGCCCAAAAAAAAGGAAACCCAGCCAGCUGGACCGCAGGGCAUAAGUGAGAAUGAGGAGGAAGAGGAGGAGGAGGAGGAGGAUGAAGAUGAUGACGAUGAUUCUGAUGAGACUGAGUCUGAUGAAGAUGAAGGAGAGCCAGGAUCAGCACCAGAAGGAGCUUACGACCCUGCAGACUACGAGCACCUUCCUGUGACUGCUGAGAUCAAAGAAUUGUUCCAGUACAUAACACGGUACACACCUCAGACUAUAGAACUAGACCACAAGCUCAAACCAUUCAUCCCUGACUUCAUCCCUGCAGUGGGUGACAUUGACGCUUUCCUCAAGGUUCCUCGGCCAGAUGGUAAGCAGGACAAUCUGGGACUCCUGGUUCUGGAUGAGCCCUGCACCAAGCAGUCAGACCCCACCGUGCUUUCCCUGUGGCUCUCCGAGAACAGCAAGCAGCACAACAUCACGGAGGUAAAGGUGAAAAGCCUGGAGAAUCCAGAGAAGAAUCCCAAGGUGAUUGAGAACUGGAUCGACAGCAUCAGCGAGCUGCACCGCUCCAAACCGCCUGCCACAGUACACUACACCAGGUCCAUGCCAGACAUCGACACUCUUAUGCAGGAAUGGCCUCCAGAGUUUGAGGAACUGUUGGGGAAAGUGAGCUUACCCACAGCCGACAUUAACUGUGACUUGGGAGAGUACAUCGAUAUCAUCUGUGGUAUCUUGGACAUCCCUACAUAUAAGAGUCGAAUACACUCCCUCCAUGUGCUGUUCACACUCUAUUCUGAAUUCAAAAACUCCCAGCACUUCAAAGCCUUGGCAGAGGGCCAGAAAUCUGACACACUGUCUGUACCACAGUCGGUCACGGGGGACCCAGAAACGCUUACUUUCGACUGAAGUUGGCCUCUCUACAGACCAUACUCUGCUCGGGCGUGUCACUUCACUGCUGAAAACCUAAUUACCGUUGCGACUCUGGGCUUUGGCCAAAUGUGAGAGCUAUAAAGCAGUGUGUGACAUCAAUUGGACCUUAAGCAACCACCCCAUGGUCAGGAAUUCUCUGUGGCAGCCACACGAGGGCCCCACUCCCCACCGUUGGUGUGAUGUGAGUGAGCUUCAGAGGGAAAUGACUGAACCUGUAGUGCUGAAUAGAAACAAGUUGCAAGUUGUAUAGUUUGAUUUUCAGACAUCAUGAAGAACAUUCAUUUCAAUUUGUGACCACUAAUGCAGGAUGAUAUUUCGGAUAAUUUCCGAUUAGGUUGAUUAAUUGAGGCUAUUAUUAAACAUAUUAAACACAGUUUGCACGGGAUGUUACAUUCAAAUAAUUUAAAACUGUUUGAUGUAUAUAUUUGAAAGUUUGUAUUGUAGUCUGUCUGUUGCCCAUGUUAUUUUUUUUCUCUCUGAGAUGACCUGAACUGUUAAUCCAUAAUUAAAUAUAUUUUCCAUAA